GCAUGGUCGCACGCAGGCGUAAUGGGAAAGUACCAGGGGCAGGAUGUGGUAAAUAGUCUCUCCUCCGGCUCUCUGGGAGAAAUCGCUUCCUGCUGCUGGCUCAGCAGUUUCCCUCUCUCCGCUGCUUCAGUGCAGUUUGGCGUGGCCACCGGCUGCCGGAGGACGCAGCAUGGGGAGGGGAGGGCAAGCCUGGGGGGUGGACAGCCUGAAGGAGCGGGAGCUGCCCAGAUUCAAAAGUUUACUGGAAGAGACUCCCCUGAAGGAGGGCUAUGAACGCAUCCCCUGGGGCAGGCUGAGACCUGCGGACUCCAUCGAGCUGGGGGACCUGGUGGUCAGAGUCUAUGGCAAGACCUAUGGGAAGAAACUGACCGAGAGGCUGCUGCGAGACAUCAGGACACCAGGCGGUGCCGGUGCCCACGCUGCGAGUGAGAGACAUGGGGAAGUCACUCCCUACAAAAGGCAUUCCAGGAAAGUUGCAGACAGAGAAUGGAAAGUGGAAAAUUCUACCUACAAGGAGAGACCUUACAAAUGUCCCAUUUGUGGGAAAGGAUUCAAUCUGAAAUUAAACCUUAUUCGGCAUCAGAGAAUCCACACAGGAGAGAAACCCUACAAAUGUGGUGAAUGUGGGAAGAGCUUCAGUGACAGCUCCAACCUCGCUCGACAUGAGAGACUCCACCUGGGACUGAAGCCUUACAAGUGUCCUGAGUGUGGGAAGAGCUUCAGUGUGAAAUCAAACCUCAUCCGCCAUCAAAGAAUCCACACAGGAGAGAAACCUUAUGAGUGCCCCAAAUGUGGGAAAAGUUUCAAUGACAGCUCCAACCUCGCUCGCCAUCAGAGAAUCCAUACGGUAGAGAAACCCUAUAAUUGCCCCAAAUGUGGGAAAAGCUUCAGUGACAGGUCCAGCCUCGCUCGACAUGAGAGCCUCCACCUGGGACUGAAGCCUUACAAGUGUCCUGAGUGUGGGAAGAGAUUCAGUGUGAAAUCAAGCCUCAUCCGCCAUCAAAGAAUCCACACUGGAGAGAAACCCUACAAAUGUGGUGAAUGUAAGAAGAGCUUCAAUGAUAGAUCCAACCUUACCCGCCAUCAGAUAAUCCACACAGGAGAAAAGCCCUAUAUAUGCUCCAAAUGUGAGAAAAGCUUCAAUGUUAGGUCCAACCUCACUCGACAUGAAAGCCUCCACCUGGGACUGAAGCCUUACAAGUGUCCUGAUUGUGAGAGGAGCUUCAGUUUGAUAUCAAACCUCAUCCGCCAUCAAAGAAUCCACACAGGAGAGAAACCCUAUAAUUGCCCUAAAUGUGGGAAAAGCUUCAAUGACAGCUCCAACCUUGCAAAACAUGAGAGAAUCCACAAGAGAGUGAGACGCAGGAGUGAAGAUGCCACUUCAGACUCCUGGGGAAAGGACAGAUGUGACUUGUGUCGCAGACAGAAGGGUUUUGCAGAAGUACAACCAGAGAUUUUGCCAGGCCUGGAGGAGAACCAGAAAAUGUACAGGGUUCACUUCCCCCAGGCAGGCUCCUUCAGAUGCUCUGAAACUGAACUGGGGUUCGAGAUGAGGGCAGCUGUGACUGUCAAAUACGAAUAUGAAUCCUGGCGUUGUUAUCAGACAGAACUAGAAAUGCAGCAGUGGAUGGUGGCUGGCCCAUUGUUUAACAUCUGUGCAGAACCGGCCGGGGCUGUGGCAGCUGUGCACCUCCCCCACUUCGUGUGCCUCGCAGGGGGAGAGGCUGACGGCUCCCAGAUGCGAAUCGCCCAUUUCGUUGACGGGAGGAUGAUGCUGGAGGAGCCAAUGCAAGUGAUGCCUUUUCAUGCAGUGCUGGAGAACCCCCGUUUCUCUCUUUUCGGAGUUAUUUGGAACUAUUUUAUGCCUAAGCGAGCUCCUCCAGUCCACAGUGUCACACUGCUCUACCGAGCUCUCAGGGCUGAAAAUAUAACUCUCCACCUCUACUUGAUACCUGACAUCCUUGCGUUGAAAAAGGUCAUUGAUGAGAAUGAACGAAAAUACAAAUCAAUACGUGUGCGCAAACCUCCUACAACCAAGCCAUUAACCUAUGGCUUCCAUUAUGCAGUAUCCAGCACACCAGAUGUAGAGAUAACACCUGAGGAGCUGGAGUUCCGUUAUGUAGAUCCCCAGGAUGAACACCCAUACGUGGAGAUUUACACCCAGGGCUUGGUGGACAAACUGGAGCUCAGCUUGGUGAAGCAAAGUGAUAGGCAAGUGAUCUGGAAGGCCCUUGUGAGACCAGGUGACAUUGUGCACAGUUCGCCAUCAACAGAACGCCACACAGAGCCUUCCCAGACUGGUAGCCAGGACCCGGGCAGUGUGAGUGCCGCUGAAAAUCAGCUCAUGUGCCACCUUCAGCACUCGUGCCAUAGGUUGCCUACCCCUGUUCUAGGAGGUGGCUUGGGGAAGACAAAGAGAGAUCACCUCCUGGACACCCUGAAAAACCUCCGAAAGGCAGAGAUGAAGGAGUUCAAGAGCAAACUGACUGACAUCAGGCUGAAAGAGGGAUACUGCCACAUACCUCGAUGUGACCUGCAGAAGGCAGAGCCUGUGGAGCUCACUGAGCUGCUGAUCAGUCACUACAGGGUGCACUAUGCAGUGCAGGUGACCACGAUGGUGCUGGAAGCUAUCAACCAGAGAGACCUGGCAGAGAGACUUCGCAGGGCAACAAUGGCUGGUCAGGAAUGAGCCAGUGUGGGGAGAUCAGCCUCGUCUCUUCAGGGGAUCCCACUGCGUCUUCAUCUCUGCAUCCUCCCUGCUCUCUGAAUUCUAAGCACAAUCUCAGACAGAAUAUGCACCUCUCUCUUCAUAAGUCAGAGCCCUUGGGAACUGAAUACAAAGCCAAUUCCUUUCCGAGUUCACAUUUUUCUGACCCUUUAGGAUCAGGUUUCACUUUAAUUGUCUCUCUGUUCCCUCCUUCCCCCAAACUCUUUUCAAGCCCCCGCUCCUAUCUGCCACCUGCAAUUUUGAUUUCAUUAUCCCCCUACCCACUUGAAUACAUUUGUUCUCUGUUUAUCAUUCCACUAGUGACUCUGCAGGGUGUUAAAUGGCAGCUAUUAAAGUCAGACAUUUUUAAAUCACCACGUCCAGGUACCUUGCAUCCAAGAGUUUUAAAAGAGCUGGCCGAGGAGUGCUAAUGUCGAUUUUUAAUAACUCUUGGGAAGUUCAAGAAGAUUGGAAGAAAGUGAAAGUUGUGCCAGUAUUUUAGAAGGGUAAAUGGGAUGACCCAGGUAAUUAUAGUUGGUCAGCCUGACAUCAAUCCUGGGCAAGAUAAUUGCGCAGCUGAUAUUGGAUUUGAUUAAUAAAAAAAUGAAUUAAGGUAAUACAAUUAAUGCUAAUCACAGUGGGUUUAUGGAAUAUAGAUCCUGUCAAACCAACUUGAUACCUUCUUCUUGAGAUUACAAGUUUGGCUGAUGAAGGUAAUAGUGUCAAUGUAAGAUACAUAGACCUGAUCUACACUACGAAGUUACGUUGACCUAAGUCAGCUUGUUUCGGCUUAGUUUUACAUGCGUCCACACCUGCAUUAGUCUCUCGUUAACAUAACAUCACUUCUCCAGAUGACAGAGCCAGAGCUGACGUUUUUCUAGUAUAGACACUCCAUUACCUGUGUUGAUCCAAACAGUUCUCCAGCAGCUGUCCCACAAUGCCCCGGUUGCCCCCGUGACCGUGACCAUUCUUGUCGCUAUUGUGAAAUCCAUUGCCCAGGGGUCACAGACACCGGAAGGCUCCUUCCGUCCCCUUGAAAAACGUCAUUGUGUUUUGUGUGCUUUUUCCUGAUUGUCCACCUUGGCAAGCAUGUGACAGGCCAGGGAGACCACCACCACAUCUGGGGCUCCCCUGUGGACCUGCCACUUCUACAAUGAACUACACCCCCCACCAGCACCUGAAAUCUGACCAGGGACACUUUGCAAGAGCUAGGCAUGGGAUCCCCUGCAAUGCUCAGUGAGGAGGAGGAGAAGGGGGUGAGAAGCAGAGGGGAGUACAAAACAUGCUGGGAGCCAGGAACUGCUUGAAACUCUGCCGGAAUUGAGCCAGUCCCGUCACACGAGCGCAGAUGGGCCCGGGGAUGACGGUGAAGGGAGCUCAGGUACGUGUAUUGGGGCAUUACUCCUCAUGUUCAGAAGAGCACUGGGAAUACAAUUAAAAUUAAUAUUCUCAAAUACAUUAUCGUUGCCACUUCAAUCACCUGCUAUAUGCUAGGAAAUUAAUUCAAAAAGAUUAUUGUAGCAGUCCUAAUUACGCAAUCCACAACAGACCCCUGGCCCGUGCUCAGAUUGAGGUAGAAAGAAGAGGUGGAGGCCGUGUUCACCUUUCCUUUCCUGUUUUUGCUAGGCAUGGAGAACAACGAUUCUCCUCCUGCAGAGUACUGUAUUCAUCCAUACAGGGUCGUCCCUUGUACCGUCAAUAGAUCUCAACGAAACUUUCAUGGAGAUACUGUACAAUCCUCCCCAAAUCAUUGUAAGGGAUGGUAGCUUUGUUUCUUCCCUCACGAUCGGAGACAUUCCCGUGCCACUCUGCAUGGAGAUCCACUGUCACACUGCAUUAAGUGGACUAGCAUUUAGGCUUGGGCAGCUUAGGGACACUACCAGCAGCUGUGAUCUCCGAGCCUUGGUCAACCUCAGGAAUGAGAUAUCAGCCAAAAUCACCACUGCCUGUGAAAAUAGUGACAAUAUUCAAUUCACUGCAUUUUCCCUUUACUUAUACCCACGGGCUCCCGGCAUGGAAACCUCCAGUGUAAUACGUUCCCAACUUCCUGUAGUCUGUACUCACUCUGGCUUGAGCUGCCGAGCCACACUGUGAUGGGCUGUCCCAAAGCUAAAGUGACAAUUCGCAUUAUUAAAUAAAGAUCUUUGUGGGAAUAACAUAAGGGGAGUUUUGAGGUUUAUCUUCCCCCUUCUGCUCUGACUGUAAAUCUAAUAGCGAUUCAGUCUGUUUUUAUCAGCAGCUUCUGCCAUGGUGGCCUUGAGAGGUGCCCCCUCAACGUCUGCCGAACACUUGAUCCAGCUCAUGUGAAGAAAGAAGCAGUCCAGGGAGAUGUUCCAGGAUUCUCCAGUCCACUGCAGCUUGUGACUGCGAAUGCAGGGAUUGGAGAGGGUUGAAUGAUCAAGAGCAGAGUGAAAGACAAGGAUGGAGAGGUCGGAUGCGGGAGGAGAGGCAAAGGGACCAAGAGGUGCAGUGGGACGUGCAUCAGGAUAUGAAGGACCAAACCUGUCUCCAACUACUGCGGCGUAUGGUGGCAGACACCUUUGCUAUAAAGCAUGUAAGACUCCACAUAUGUUAUCUUUGAGCAUGACUCAGAACAGAAUACGUCCUGAGAAGACAUCAGUGCCCUUAACAAUCUAAAACUCACUCAACUGGUGGGCAGAUCCUCACAACAUAUGUGCAAGUGUUCCCUUCACCCAACCACACCUGUCACAAGCAUUGACGAUGGAUGCAAAUGGUCCAGAGGAUUAUGGCGCUAAAUGCCCAAAGACUCCAGACACAGCAGCCUUUCCAUCCCGUGGAAAACUGAAUCGUUUCUGCUCCCUAUACCCCCAGAAUAACAGGUGGCAGCAUGGCCUGAACCGGAGUGGUGGUACUGGGAGAAGUGUGUGGGGGGGUGGAAGCACACUCACAGUGCAAAUAUUCAGGGGGUCUGCCCCCAUGUAAACUUGUGCAUGCACAGUAGGAUGGCGUGGGGAGGUGCAGGGGUGGUGUUAAAUAGGUCUUGGAGCAGGGGGGAGUUCCAGAAGACUGGCAGAAAGCAAAUCUUGUGCCAGUAUUUUGAAAGGGUAAACGGAAGGACCCGGGUAACUAUAGGCCUGUCUGACAUCGAUCUUGGGCAAGAUAAUAGAGCAGCUGAUACAGGACUAGAUUUGUAAAGAAUUAAAGGAGAGUAAAGAGAUUAGUGCAAAUCAGCAUAGGUUUAUGGAAACCAAAGACUGUCACAAACUUAAUAGCUUUCUUUUGAUGAGAUUACAGGUUUGGUUGAUAAAGGUAAUUGUGUUGAUGUGAUAGACUUCUGUAAGGCAUUUGACAUGAUACUGCACAAAAUUUUGAUUAAAAAUAUAUAAUGCUAUAA